AUGGGAGAAAUGACCCAGUCGCUUUUUAUUGCUGGUCAGGGCGUUGGCGCUCUGCUUUUCCCAUCUCUGGCUGACCAUUUUGGACGAAAACCUAUCCACAUCCUCAGCCUUUUCAUUAUGAUGCUUUCAGCAUUGAUCUCAUCAGUUGCACCAAACUAUUGGGUAUACGCACCAACCAGAUUCUUUUGUGGAGUCUGUCAACAGGGCUGCCUGAUUUCUGGUGUUUCACUUUCAUGUGAAAUAUUUCCAGCCAACAAGAGAACCUUGAUGUCUGGUCUUGUCGCAGUUAACUGGGGUCUUGGAGUCACCUUGCUUGGAGUUGUGGCAUUCAUUCUUCGUGACUUCAGUUGGAGAGUGUUAUGUGCUGUCUGCGCACUUACAGCUGGCAUUGGCUUUUUUGAAAUUUGGUAUAUUAAAGAAUCUUUUCGAUGGUUCUUUGCCAAGGGAAGAUUAGAAGAAGGGAAAAAAAUAGUGCAUUUUGCAGCCAAACAAAAUAACGUGGAUUUUGAUGCCAUUUGGCAGAAGAACGUAGAGAACCUUGAGGAGCUGUCAGAACUGGAGAAAAUUGAUUGCCAAGAUAAGUCAGAUGCAGUUGAAGAAGAAAGUGGCACCCAAGAUGUGCCAAAAAGCAAAACCACUCUCCAGAGAAACCCAGGCUUGGAGGAAUGCUCUGCAAAGAAUAAGUUAUCAUCUGUGGCAGUCAUUACAGUGUUGCGAGACUCUGGAACAAGAAAAAUAUCAUUCAUCAACAUAUUUAAUUGGUUAAUGAUCAGUUUUACCUAUUUUGGUAUCUACAUGACUUCCAAUACUCUUGCUGGGAAUCGCUUUCUCAACUUCUUCAUGACUGCAUCUAUGGAGAUAUUGGCUGGUGUGUUUCUUUUGAAAACUCUUACCAACCAAUAUUCAGCAGGUUUUUUUGUUGUUUCUCUCUCUCUCUCUCUCUCGCUCUCUCUCUCUCUCUCUCUGUUACAUUCUUUUCUUAUUUUCCUGUUCUGA